AUGGGGAAGCCGGAAGAGGUGGAGAAGCAGGAUGAGGUGGGGAAUCCUGAGGAGGUGAAAAAGCCGGAAGAGGUGAAAAAACCGGAGGAGGUGAAAAAAACGGAAGAAGUGAAGACAGCGGCCACCCGGGGAAAGCCGCACCGCCCGCGUGGAAAAGUGCUAGACAAAUUUGAAGAGCUCAUCAGGCUGGAAAACAUAUACGAAAUGAAAGAAAUAGAAAUGUGUUACGCGCAUCUGAGCAAAGAGGAGCUGAUCGAGAAGGGGAUCCUCCUAAGCGACCUGACCAUCAAAACAGCCACGAAGCAUAGUGACAACCAAAAUGCGUAUAUCAUCAAAUUAGUAAAAAGGAGAAAAAAAACAAAAUCAAAUGAUCUAAGUGAUGAAGAAAAUGUAGAAAAUUUUAACCACAAUAUGUUCGGUAAGGGGAGCAUUGUUCAUUUUUCUAGAAAGAGGAAAAGAUACUGCCUGGACAAGGAGCAGACCGUCGUGGACAAGCAUUCGAUAAUAAAAGAUGUCGUGAAUAUAUAUGUGUGUAGCGUCCAUAAGGUGAAGAAGAAUCAAAUUAAUCUUUUGGUUAGACAUGCAGACGAGUUGUGCAAGGAGCUAAACAUCAGUAGCACCUGCUUGCUGAGCGAUAAGAGCUACUUUGAUGUGUGCCUCGUCAAUAGUGAGAUUUCUAUGCAGCGUCAAUUGCAGGCCAUUAAUUUGAUGAAGGCCAGCUUGGAGACGCCCUCCGAUGUGCUGAAGAUCCUCUUUUUUGGGAAGGCUCCCUCGCAGGAUGCGUUUCUGCGGCGGGUCAUGGCCGUCUUCCGGAGGCGGGCGCAGGGGGGGCAGAAGCUAGAAAGUGGGGAGUUAGCACCACAUGGGGAGGUAGCACCAUCCGGGGAGUCACCCCCAUCCGGGGAGUCACCUCCAUCUGGGGAGGUAGCCCCAUCUGGGGAGUUGCCACCAUCCGGGGAGGUAGCCCUAUCCGGGGAGUUGCCACCACCUGGAGAGUCGCCACCACCUGGAGAAUCACCCCCAUCCGGGGAGGUAGCCCUAUCCGGGGAGUUGCCACCACCUGGAGAGUCGCCACCACCUGGAGAGUCACCCCCAUCCGGGGAGUCACCCCUCACUGGGUACCCCUCCGCGGAGGACCUGGCGAACGAAUCGAAGUACAUCCACCAGUGCGACAGCACCGAAUGGGGAAGCAAAAACCUAAACGACAGUCAGAAGAAGGCGGUGUACCACUGCCUGUACUCGAAGGACAUUUUCUGCGUCCACGGGCCCCCCGGCACAGGAAAGACAACGGUGCUGUGCGAACUGAUCUACCAGUUGGUAAAAAGGGAGAAGAAAAUCCUGGUGACAGGACCAAGCAACGUUUCAGUGGAUAACAUAUUGGCCAAAUGUGUAGCCAUGAAUGUGAAGAACGUAGUUCGCAUCGGACUCAAGUCAAAGAUAAAAAAAGACUUGUGGAGUUACAGCUACGACGAAAAAAUAAAAACGUGCGAUUCGUAUAAGCUGUGUGCAGAUAUUGAUAAGGACAUAGAGAAGAUGAAGGCAGAAAUUUACAAAUUGAAGAAUAAAAAAAAAAACGAAAGGACUCCAUUCGAUAGAAAAGGAAUAGGAAAUUUGAAAUACGAAAUAAGGAUGUUAAAUAAAAGUAGGAAGAAAAAAAGAAAUAUUUUUUUUGCAGAAUUGAUGAAUAAAAACAACGUCAUUUUUUCCACCUGCUCAAGUAGCUCAAAUUACGAAUUAAAUAAAUUUGUGAAAAAUACAAAUUUUCUUUUUGAUGCUGUUUGUAUUGAUGAGUGCUGUCAGUGCACGGAGCCUCUGUGCUACAUCCCUCUGUCGCUAUCAAAGAAAAAUGUGUUCCUUUUUGGGGACCACAAACAGCUAGCUCCUCUGGUGAAAUACAACAAGAAGGGGAACAAACUAAAUGUCACUCUUUUCGAGAGACUUAUUAAAAAAUAUAAAAGGAGGAUUUCCUUCUUCCUUAAAAUUCAGUACCGAAUGAAUGACCUCAUUUUGAAAUGGUCCAACAAGGUGUUCUAUGAGGACCGCCUCGUUUCGCACGACUCCUGCAAGGCCAUCACGGUGCAGGAGCUCUUUCUGCCCACCCAGGGGGGGGGGAACUCUCUCCAGGCGGUGAGACAAGCGAGUGAGCGGAAAAGGGGCGGCAAGGAUAGGCAAAAAAAAGUGGGGAAGAAGAAGGGGAAAAGCAAAGGGAAAGAAAAGGAGAAGGCGGAGGAGGAGGAGGAAGAGGGGGAGCGCGAAACCCCCCAGGGGGGCACAAACCUGAGGGACCUGAUUCAGAGCUACAGCUAUUGCCCUAUCACUUGGGUUGAGACCGACGGGUUCGAUGAGUUUCUCGAUGACACCAAGGAGCUGGACAUGAUACAGCUGGAGAUGAAGGAGAAGAGGGGCGACAAGCUCGGCGGGAGGGGGCCCAGCGAAGCGGCGGGGUUAGCAGCGGCGGGGGCGGCGGUAGUAGCACCUGUGGAAGCAACUCCUGUUACUGCGGGAGACCUCCGCGAUAGCGGGGGGAGAGGAGAAAAACGGCCCGAUUAUGAAGGUCCCCCCGGAGAGGGGUUAAACGGCCUUGACAUCUAUGAGGACAGCGGCUCGGGGGGGGAGGACGCCGUUGAGGAAGGUGAGUCAGGCUCGGAGGGGGAGGCAGUCAAUGGGGCAGCCGAUGGGGCAGCCAAUGGGGAAGCCGCUCCAACCGCCGCUCUAACCGCCAACCCGGAGCAGAAGGAGAAGGCGCUGCAGGACGCCGUCCAAAUCGACAUCGACGACGUCGUGAACCUGAACAACAAGUCCAGAAGCAACAGAGGAGAGGCGUACGUCGUGUACAAGCUGAUCGAGCGGAUGCUGCAUGCAGACCAGAUUAGUGCCAAGCACAUUUGCGUGAUCACCCCCUAUUCGAAGCAAAUGAAUUUACUCAAAAAUAUUUUUUACGACAAUUUGUAUGAAGAAAAGAAUUUCACCUCAGAUUACAAAGACAUUGAAAUUGCCACUGUGGAUUCCUUCCAGGGGAGGGAAAAAGAGAUCGUCAUUUUGUCUCUUGUUUGUUCCAAUUAUUUUAAGAACAUUGGGUUUUUGAAGGACUACCGACGGUUGAAUGUGGCCAUUACGCGGGCCAAGCGGCACGUCGUCGUGGUGGGCAAUUCCAGCACCAUAUCCAACGACAAGCUGCUGAACGAGCUGUACGAGACGGUCCUCACCCACGGCAAGGUCUACAUGGUGAAUGAGUUGCUCGACGUGGAGCAGAUGCCCGUGGGGGGGUAG